GUGAUUUGACUUUGACACCUCAUUGAAAAUUGUGCAAUUUUAUUUAUUUCCAAUUAGUUUCGAUUGUAAUAAAUUUCACGUUGCGAGCGAAAAUCUUGUGAGAAACCCUGGAACGGAAAACUCCAAUUGAUUCCAGCGCCAUGGAAGUAGAUCAGUACGCGUUGGAGUGGUCGGUUGGAGAGAGUUCUCGGUUGCCGCUCAUCGACGAGACUUCGGCGUUAGGAACCCAAGCGCCGAAAGACAGGUUGAUAGCUGUACUGGACCAGGUGGAAAUGAGGGUGGAGAGGUUGCGACGAGACACCGUGAGGAUUGAGGAGGAGAAGGACUCUCUGCUGUCCACCCUGGACAGCGUCAAGCACUCUGAACUCCUGGGAGAUAUAUCUGAAUGCGAUAAGGACGACAUAACCCGGUAUGCAGAUCGCAUUUUGGCGCGCGCCAUGACUGUGGAGGUGGCCGUGCGCACCGACCGCGACCCUCAGCAGGAGGAGGCUUUGCAUCAGGUGAACAUGUACAUAGACCAGCUAGUGAUGUCGGUGCACGACGACGCGGUGAUCGCGCACACUCGCUGCCAAACGUACAUGAACGCGUGCACCUCCCAACCGGACCCCAGCACCGGCACCGACAAGAACUUCGAGUCGGCCAUCCUCGGCUGCACGCUCGACGACCAGAAACGCGUCAAGAAGCGUCUGCAGGGGCUCCUAGACUACUUUGCCAAGCUGAACGUUACCACGUGCUCAUGUACAUAUAUAGAAGUGUAGCGGUGUGGGUGUAGCGCGGGGACGCUAGCCACAUCGGGGAUACAAGGUUUGCCUUAAAACCGGGGAGAUUUGCUAGAAUGGGUAACAUUUACACAUUACUAUUCUGUAUGUUAAUUUAUUGAGCAAUUGUGCUCAUAGUGAGGACCCACCACUUAGGGAGACAGGUACCCGCUGUAGAAACAUAAUCCCUCUCCAGAUAUCGUAAUUUAAAUUCAUCUUGUCAUUCGAAUGUCCAAAUAUGAUUCCACUAUUAUUUAUUAGAACAAAUGCAUAUUAAUUUGUUAGUAGACAGUGACAUAUCUCUGUGAAUAAGCAAUAAUACUACGUAUAGAACGGCAGCUCCGCUCCCCACCAGCGGCUGAGCUAGGUUUACCUCACCCCCCUCGAACAUGGUUUAGACUUGAAACAUAUGCAGUGUUACUACAAAACAAAGAUAAACUAUGUUUAAAAUAUAAUCCGUAACCGAAAGAAGUCCCGAUUCUGCAUAGAAUUAUUAUGACUUGUCAAGUUAGUUUCAUUAAAAUCCGCCGACUUCUUUCGUGGCGCGAAAUACUAUUUCAAACCUAGUUUAUUUUUAGUUUGUGUUUUGUAGUAACACUGUUUGUGUCAGACGUAAAGACCGACCUUUAAUCUUCAAUCGUAUGGGCGUCAGACGUCUUAUACACGUGUAGAAUCUGUGUAAACAAGGUGUUUUCUACGAAGUGUCAGGGGUGUGCCUAAGUUAGACGAUUAGGCCUCUGAUCAGCGUGGUGGGUCCUUACACUUUGUGGGUAACAUUUAUUUGUGUAACAGACGCACCUGUUCAAAUAAACGCUAUCAUUAUGGACACACUACUUGGUUUAAAUAUUGUAAUAAUUUCAAAUAAGUUUUAUGAAUGCCAAGGGCUUUGAUGUAGUAAUUCGUGAGUCUUGCAUUCGCUGUACACUGUGUUAUUCUUGUUAAAUGGCGUCGUUUAAAUAUAACUACUGCUAAUCAUUA